AUGCUCGCCGUCCAGCAGCCUCCCAGGAUGGGUUCUUCACAGCCCGAUUCAGAUCCCUUUCUGCCCUUUGGCUACUCGAUGGACCAGAACCAAGAUGGUCUCCUCGAUGCCCCUGAUCCUGCCGGUGCGCCGCUGCUCUCCGAGACGGACACCAAAUUCUUGAGCUCCUUCUUCGAAGACAUGUCGUCCGCCCAAUACAACAUGCCCUCCUUCGGCGAAGGCCUACACUUUAGCGACGCCUGGUUUGAUCUGCCCCCGCAGUUCAUGGGCACUGCGACGUCUUUUGGAUCCCAAGCAUCUGCCCUCCCCAACCCGGACGCUUUUCUUGCCGAGCACCUCGACUUCAACGCAGCUGCUAGCUCUGCGCCCCAGCUCAUGCGUCCCCCUUCCGCCCCCAUGACCCAGCAGCCACAGUCCCAGCACCGCCAAGUCUACCAGCAUCAGCAACCGCAUCAGCAGCUACAGCCGCAGUCGCAACAUCGCCAUCACUCCGACGACGUCCUCAAUGCUGCCGCCACUCUUCUCCAAAAUAACAGCUCCAGCCCCCGUCCCAAUGGCAAGGCCAAGGAAUCAUCGCCUGGUGCCCGACGACCCUUUGGCCCGCCCAUGGGCCAUCUUCGCCACCAGCCCAUGGACGAGUUCAAGGAGGAGAGCCAGCGUGACCUAGAAAAUGAGGCUGAUAGCAACACUUUUACUGACUGGAUGUUUGGCUCAAAAGAUCGUCACGCCUCCAGACAGGCGCAGAUCAACGAGCUGCACUGGGGUUCCGACGCCAGUUUUGGCAACGUCCAAGGCUACGUGCCCGCCCCCAACAAAGAAACCGUCGAUGGGCACCACAAAGUUCAGAUGCAAGUGCUCGGCUGCCUCGAGCCCAGCACCAGCGUCUCAAACACCCGCACCGGUAGCCCGACUGUCGACCCCCAGCGCGUAGCGCCCCCGCAGCCCAUGGCCCCAACCGAAGACGCCGAUGCCCCUCCCCGCAAGCGACGUAAGAGCAGGCUGCAACGAAGCGGCUUCGAUGACGACGAUGACGAAGACUCCAAAGUCGCCUUCAAAAAGUCCAAGAGUCCUCAUGGCAGCAACGGACUGCCCUCGCCUCCGGCCGAGUCUGGCUCCCGCCGCCGCAAGUCGGCCAUUAACAAAGGCCCCCGUGAAAACCUCAGCGAGACGCAAAAGCGCGAAAACCAUAUUCGCAGCGAGCAGAAGCGUCGUACCCUCAUCAAAGAGGGCUUUGACGACCUGUGCGAGCUGGUCCCCGGCCUCAAGGGUGGCGGCUUCAGCAAGAGCACCAUGCUAUCCAUGGCCGCCGAGUGGCUCGAGCAGCUCCUCCAGGGCAACCAGACUCUGGCUGCACAACUCCAAGGCAUGGGACAAUAG